AUGCACCAAGUCAACGAAGAAACCGCCAUCCGAAUCCAAACAGGGGCGUCCUGGGCCCGCCCUGGGGGCCUCAAUGCCAAACGAAAGCCAACGGAGAUCCGACUAGGGGGAAUGCCACCGCUCGAGGGGAUGAAAUGGAGGAAACAAGGCCUGUUGGCGCGGUCCAGUGGGAAUCCAAGAGAGCAUGACGCGGAGGCAGCGCGUAGCACCCACGACGAGAUUGAGUUCCAAGCCGCCCUGGCAGAUGGGGCAAUACAGUGGAGUUUCAUAAGUUUGAAACCACGAUUUUACCGCCUUGUUUUCACCGCCCUCGCUGUCUACCUCGCCUACCCGAUGCGUUUCUACGCGCAAUAG